AAAUAUUGUUUGUUACGAGAUUUUCUAUAAGGUGAGCAUAGUCUUAAUCGGCAAAGCGGCAAUCCUAGUACCAGAUCGCAUCGUAAAGCCAACCCCCAAUUUCGUGCUGGUAUAAUAUAAAAUUAUUCCUUCCCUGUAUAAGGUGUAACCUCAAGAUUCGAGUAUUUCAACUCUCGCGACCUCGGCUUCGACUGGGGAGUAGCGAAUCGGCGAUAGUCCGAUAUUGAUAGCAUUUGGUUAUACUGAAGCGUCAGUAGUUUUGCCUAUGGCACGGAGUAACGAGCGGAAAAACAAUCAUUACUGCGUUGCGUUACGCAUUACAGAACGGACUAACCUAAAAUUGCGUUGAAAAUGCAAAUGUGCCAAGUUGUGACGAUCUAGUGUAGUUCAAUACGUGAAAACAGUGUGGACCAAUGCCAAAAUCCUCGGAAAAUCAAGACACAUUUUUUGUGCGUGGUAUGGACGAGGCCAGCCAUGCGAGGUGGAGAGCAUCUUCCAGAAAGUACGAAUUCCCAGUUCAGUCGUCAACUUAACCGGAAGUCAACUCUGAACUGCAGUGGUGGAGGUCUAAUUGAUGUUUUCAAUCGGCCUAUUAUGGGUAUGGGACUGUUUGCCUGCACGUCGUCUUUUGUGUGCAGAGCAAAUAAGUCACUCAUCUCCAAGGGCUCGGUACUACAUGAGAAUAAACAAGAGGCAGCACUUAAAAGGAAAGUUUCCAAGGAGGCGAUUCGACGAAAGAAGGGAGACAGUAAAAUGCUGUAUGUUCUGGAGCAGUGCGGCUGGUACUACGAGGGUCUGAGCGCCGGCGGAGCUGAGCAUUUACUUCAAGACACACAAAUUGGUACUUUUUUACUAAGAAGAUCCAGCAGUCCACAAUAUCAAUUCUCGUUGAGUGUUCAGACUGAAAAAGGGCCGAGAUCCGUUAGACUGGAAAACAUUAAGGGGCUCUUCCAAAUGCAGUCCCAAAACCAUCUGCAAGACCGAAUGCCCGCCUUCCGCAGUGUCGUAGACCUUAUUGAAUUCUACAUCAUUGAAUAUGGGCAAUCUGGUAGAGAUUGUGACACACCGGUCUGGGUGACCAAUGUUGGCGCAUUGAACUCUGCUAUUGUACUUCUAAAACCUUUAAGAAAAGAACCACUCAGCUUAACACAUCUUUCGCGAUUAGCGGUGCAACAACACAUAUUGCCGAGUCCAAAACACAGAACUGGAGUUGGAUCUCACGUGUAUAAGAAAAUACAGUUGCCAGGUUCGUUGGUUACUUACUUGGAAGCGUACCCACAUACCAUAUGAACAGAGACAACCAAAAUUAUCGUGGAUGUGAAGUCGACAAGACAGACAAAGAGGAAACGCGAACAACGCUUGGCAACGUGGCCCAUAUUAAAUUUCAAAACCCUUCACGGAAUUCUGGCUAAAAUUAUAACUACAAAUGAAUCAACUUUUGCAAGCUUUUGAUUUUUGUCAGAAUGCUUACAAUUGCAACUGUCACAUUUGACUUGUUCACCAAGCCCUAUAGAUAGACAAGUGUCAACUGUCACUCGGCAACGAGUAAUUUGACGUUUCGCAGCGCCCCCAUCGAUAGUUUCUGAAAUAUUCGGCUGCUAUUGAACCUUUGACUUGCAUACAAGCUUUUAGAGAGAUUUUGAAACCUUAAAUUUUAACGUUACUUCAAUGCUCCUAUCGUUAUUUGGAUUGCCAUAAAAAGCCGAAAAUAGCUAAAAUUUUUGAAACGCUUAAAGAGUUUCAUCUGGUACGUCUCUAGUCAAAAUGAACUACGCAUAGACUUGUGACUGCCCAAGGCAGUGAAGGAUAAAAUUACCUACUCGAUUUUUAGAAGUUAUUAUAUUGACCCCUAGAUAUUACUUUAAUAUAUCUGAAACUUUUAUUAACAUCUGUUUGUUAAUUGCUGUAUAUUCCAAGUAAGAAGGGCAAAAAAUCUGGACUACCCAGAAGACAUCUCUUCUGAUGGGUGGUUGAAAUUUGGUCUAUGGGGGAAGUUCACUUCUAUUAAUAAGUGUGUGUUGAUUUUUUCAUCCAUAUCUGUUUGUUAAUUCCAAAGCAGACGAACAUCCUUAAUUUGAUUUUUUUAAACCUGAAAAGAAAUUCUCCUUUUUCAUUUUCAACACAUCUUAAUGCGUUCUCCCUUGUCUGAUAUGAAUCGUGAUUUUGGUUAAAUUCAUUAACAAUAACAAAGACUGUAUAAGUAUGUCGGUACCUUUACAUACCGAGCGGAUGAAAGAAGAGUAAUAAAUUAUAAAACCACAAAAGUAUUGUAUCAAGUAGACGUAGUAGUUAUAGAAAUAGUAUCAGCGGUUGAAAUUCAUGCUCUCUGUUAUGCACCAUUGCAAGAGUUAGGCCGUUUUAUGUGUAAAGGUGCAUGUAGAUAUGACGAUCGAGUCUGUGAUGAGCAAAGUUUGUCAGAUUUAUACGGGGUUCAAACAUACAUUUAUUGGGUCAUCAAAUACAUAGAAAGGGUUUAAAGUUGCAAAUACCUAAAACUAGAAUGAAAGCUCUGUUCCAGAGGCAUUCCAUUUAAGAAAAAAAGUUUGGUCGGUCACUUGAAUUUGAGACACCCUGUAUCAAUUGGUACUAUCUUAAGAUAAACUAGACAUAUCUACAACUUUUGUAUUUAACAUUUUUCUCUAAAUUUCAAAAGCAUGCAAAUUGUAUUGUGUUAUAUAUACUUGUGACAUCUCAAAGACAAAUAAUAAUUAUUAAAAAAAAACAGCUAACGCGAAAAAUCAGCUAUGCGAACAGGCAAAGUUUGUGGUAAAAUCGUUCCGAUGUUUUAUCAGAUGGAAUAGCCAAAUUCACAGGAGGCUUUCUAGUCAAAAACUGUUUCGUCACAGGCUCUACUCCUCAUCUAUACGCACCUUAAUAUAAAGCUGCGUCCCCACCGGGUUCGGUUAAGCCGAUUCGUGCGCCUUGAGAAAAGUUUCAAUAUUUAUUUAAAUUUUUUGUCGAUAUAUAUUAACCGGUAAACCCAAACACCUCCACGAACAUCUUUUACCAAUAAGCAGAAGGAUCGGCAUCACAUUAGACAAACCCGGUGGUUACGCGGUUUAGUUUUUAUGUAUGUUCGAACAUUACUGAACUUUUGAAGGAGCAACUAAAGUAACGAUAACUACACUCAGUUGCAAAAAAGUGGACUAAAUAUUCUGAGUUUUUAAGGACAAUAAAUUGUCAUUGUAAAUUAUUAGCAAUUUUGUAGGUGUGCAAUUUAAUGGAGGUCGGGUGAAUUUAACCGAAACGUAUAAAGGUGGUAUUUUUCGGUAAAAUUCUUCCGUCCAACAUUAAAGACCCGGUAAGCCAUAUUGGCUUUCUAAACGUAAUAUGCUACUGGUGUACUUUUAGAGAAAGAAUCAAACGCAAUUUCGACUCGCAACAUGCACAAAUAGAAGUAUAUUUAACAUUUUAUAUCAUGCUGUAAAAGAGUAUGCCAGGUGGCUACGCCCAGAUACAUUGUCCUAACCAGGGUUUCCCAAACUUUGUCGAAACACAACGGAACAUUCAAUUCUACUGAACUUUAUUUUAACACCUAAAAAGACAAAAAAGGUCACAAUUUUUAUGAGUAACAUUUUAACACCUAAAAAAUCACAGAGCGUAUGAAGUAAAGGACAAUUGUCAAGCAAAUAUUUUCGCGGAACACGGUUUGGGAAACUCUACUAAACACUCCUACUCCGUACAGUAUAACUGGUCGCACGUCUUCACUGAUGAAGUGUGACUACCAACAGAAAAACAAUUAUGCAUGAAAUUUGUCUGAUAAGUCGAAUCUUUUUUGUUGCGUUUUGGGCAUUGUAGAACUUCAAGCAAUCAUAAAAUGCGAAAGCACUUUGAAAUACUACAUAAUUUAAAGCGAUGUUGAAUCGAUCGUAGAUUGAUGGGAAUUUUUUUUUAAGACACUACUUUUGCGUUGACGGUAUAUUUGUGCUUUUCGAAUAAACCCUUAUUCCGUAAGCAAUAAUCAUCAAAAGGGGGACAACAUUGAGAUAAUUUAAAACUGUUUCGAGUAUUUAUGUUUAUAUAUGUAAUUUAAGGCGGGUAUGGCAGCAACACUCGAGUUAUAGUGUACGGAGUAUAUAAUAUAACGCUUUUGUCCGUGUGAUCAUUAUUCAGAACUUCUGAAAUGUUAACUAAGAACUUUUAAUAAAAGUUUAAUCUUAGACCCGGUUGCACAAAAGCAAGUUCAACGAUGGUUGGACUGAACCGUCGUCACCUGAAAAUGUGGUAUAUUUGGUUUUCUUUGAUUGGCAACUAUGUUUGUCAGUCCAGCAUAUUUGAACUGAACCGCAUCCACAUGGUCUGAUCAUAGAUAAAGACGAGACGAGGGUCUGAUACUGAAUUGAUUGGACCAUUGUAAGCAUUAAAAUAUAUUUUUCUUUAGUUUAGUAGAUUCAGCGAAAUCUUUUCAUUAUGGAAGCCAUUACGAAAUCUCCCGGUCAACGAAUUUUACGUCGAAAGAAUAAAAUAUUUUGCUGGCUUUAGUAAAAAUGCAUAAAGCACAUAUCGAGUGUAAAAAAACAGAUUCAAACCAUUUUUUUUUUCGAGGUCAAUUUUCACAACAUAAAAAUUUAAUACUUAUAAACACCUGUGUUAUGUUGUUAUAUGUUAUAAAAUCAAAACCGUAAACACCUUUAGGUUAUAAUAUGACCAGGCUUGAACGCGAUUGGGACAACCGAAAAUUUUCGUUGAACCACGUUCACCGCUGAACUUGGAUUGUGCAACCGGCCCUUAGUGUACAUGUCGGUAAUGUGUGAUUUAGACUAAUAUAUUUAUUUCACUAGAGAAUAUUGCAUAUUAAAAUAUUUGUCAUUUUGA